UGGAGGGAGAAGAUAUUCUGGGAUAUCACUGCUAGGACUCCACUGGGAAACGUAUUUCUUUUAGGUUUUUCAAAAUUCUCAGGGAGAAUUUUCAAACCCUUAAUGGUGAGGGGGAAAUCGCUGCAGUGAAAUAUGGAGGAGAUCCUUUCUUGAGCCUCCAAACCUUCACGAAGAGAUUGAUCAUAAUGUUCUUGGUGUAUUGUCAUUUUACGUUGGUGGAUCCAGUUUCUUUUCCAUCUCAGCACAGCCGGGGCGAGGCGGGCGGGAUCUGGUAGGCCUCCUGGCACCGACCUCAGAGGAUCAUCUUCAAGGGAUCUUCUUGGGAGUUGUACUGUGCACGGCAAGGAUUUGUUUUCUUGCUGCCUCACUGCAAUUGCAUGGCUGAUACAAAUUAAUAUUUUUAUGAGGCUCCUCGCAGCAGAGAUGGGCCAGGACCAAACCAAACAGCAGAUCGAGAAGGGCCUUAGGUUGUAUCAGUCAAAUCAGACAGAAAAUGCUCUGCAUGUCUGGACAAAAGUGUUGGAGAGGACAUCAGAUCCUGGAGGGAAGUUUCGAGUUUUGGGGUGCCUGAUCACAGCUCACUCAGAAAUGGGAAAAUACAAGGAUAUGCUAAAGUAUGCCCUUGAUCAAAUUGACACAGCCAGAGUGAUGGAGGACCCAGACUACCUGACAGAAGGCUACCUGAACUUGGCAAGGAGCAACGAAAAGCUAUGUGACUUCCAGAAAACGGUCUCCUACUGCAAAACCUGUUUAAACAUGCAGGGCACUACAGUCAGUCUGCAACUCAAUGGCCAGGUCUGUCUAAGCAUGGGCAAUGCCUUCCUGGGCCUCAGCGUCUUCCAGAAAGCUUUGGAGAGCUACGAGAAAGCUCUACGCUAUGCACAUAAUAACGAUGAUAAGAUGCUUGAGUGCAGAGUCUGCUGCAGCCUGGGAAACAUCUACAUCCAGCUUAAGGACUAUGAGAAAGCCCUGUUCUUCCCCUGCAAAGCAGCUGAGCUUGUCAAUGACUAUGGGAAAGGUUGGAGCCUCAAGUAUCGUGCCAUGAGCCAGUACCACAUGUCUGUAGCCUACAGGAAGCUGGAGCGCCUGCCAGACGCCAUGGAGUGUUGUGAGGAAUCUAUGAAGAUUGCGUUGCAGCAUGGCGACCGUCCCCUGCAGGCUCUUUGCUUACUAAACUUUGCAGACAUACACCGGUGCAGGCAGGAUGUUGAUAAAGCAUUCCCGCGCUACGAGUCUGCACUGGCCAUCAUGACUGAGAUUGGAAAUCGAGUUGGACAAGCACAAGUCUACUUGGGAGUUGCAAAGUGUUGGCUUCUGCAGAAAGAAUUUGACAAGGCUCUAGAUUCUUUGCAGAGAGCACAGGUGUUGGCAGAUGGAAUGGGCAACAAGCUGUGCACACUCAAGGUCCACUGCCUGAGAGAGGGGAUUUACCGAAGCCGGGGGCAGCAAGAGGAGCUCAGGGAGCAGGUGGUGAAGUUCCUGGAGUGUGUGGAGGAGUUGGAGCUCUACUGCGGCAUGUGUGGCGAGUCCAUUGGGGACAGGGACCAAAAGCUGCAGGCUUUGCCCUGUUCCCACAUUUUUCAUCUCAAGUGUCUGCAGACAAACGGGACAAAGGGUUGUCCAAAAUGUUUCAAGUCCUCCAUGAAGCCCGGGUUUGUGUGAUGGAUGACUGCAUUUGUGCAUUGGAUCUGCAAGACACAGCGUGAAGCUCCACCUUCAGCCACCUGCCUGAACUGAGCGAAGCCGGCAGCCUCUGAUGGCAUUUCAGCAGUUAAGAUUCACUGCUCUGCACAGAAGAUGCCGGACAGAACCACGCGCCCGAGUGAAGCUCUGAGGAGACGAUCAGGGCCUCCAUCUUAUUUACAGACAUGGGUCUGUGAGUGACAGCUGACUGAGGAGGCACAAGUAGCAGGGUUACAUUUCAGUAUAAACUGCAGAGGAUAUCCUAUAUUUUCUCUGAUCGCUGGCCAAUAACCACGGAAGAGACACACACGGACCUGUGCAAGGAGAAUUUCUAACCACUGCUUGUAAUUACAUGCCUUAGAUUUGUACUACGCCGCAAGAGUGAGAUAGAGGAAAGUAUUUUACGGGACAUUUGAUGACAUCUCACAUACUUUGAACAUUACAUCCACUGUUAUUUUUUAUGCCAUUUUCCAGAAGAACCUAAUAGGACUGCUGCCAGUCUGAUUUCAUAUGUUUCUCAUUGUACUCAUGUACAUAUAUUGUUAAUACAUUUUAAAAGUUUGGUUUAUUUGUAGUAUUUGUAAAUGCUAUAACUAAAACCUCUUAACACUUUUUAAAACUAAUAAGUCUUUACUGCUGCUCAGCACAUACACACAUCUGUCUUUUCCUCAUUCAGAGAGGAUCAGCACAUUCUUACAACUUUCCUUUGUAUUUAUUUAUUUAAUUUUUUUUUUUAGAGAUGCUUUAACCGCCUAGUUUUGUUGUAGAUAAGAACAAAGACUGAUGGGAAAUUCUAACCAGAAAGUAACAUCGGACCCAUCACUUACUAAUUCUGUAAAUAAAAAUGAAAUUUCAGUGAUCAGUUUGAGAUUAUUCAGUGAAACAAACAGUAAAAUUUCAGUACUAAGUUUGAAUCAACACUUUGGUUGUUGCACAGUUUAUGUGUAAUACUAAGAAGCAAAAAUAAUUUAUUGAUGGCAUGUUUCCAGGUUACUGCAUAUUUAUGUAUUUUACACAUUUGUUAUUGUAGUUUUUUUAUCAUAAGUCCUUUCUUCCCCUUUUAUAUCCAAACCUCAUACAGUAAACUAGGGCACUAAAAAUUAGGUAUUUUUGUAAUAAAUAAAUAUAAAUUUCAUAAACAAACCUGACCAAUUAAAAUGAGACAUCUCAAAGAUUUUUCCAUAUAUAACACUUCGAAGAUGCUUUUACCUAACAAGGUAAUAGUACAUGUGGGCAUGAAAACAAUAUGGCAUGGAAAUCCCUUGACCGUCUGCAAAAUUAAAUCUUGAAGGGCAAUUUUUGGGGUAAGACUUAAUUUACAUAGUAGCUUUGGUAGAAAUCAGCAAAAGGACCUAAGAGGAGAAGGCAACAAACAGUCAGAAUUUUGACACCACCUUUGUCAAAUUUGAUCUCACCUGGGUUAUUCCACAAUGCACCUCCAUAUGUGUGCCUGGUGCAAAUCAAAUUGAAAAACUUAAAUUUUGACCUCGGGCCCUAAUGACUUUAAGGGCAGGUCUGGAGUUGAACGUCCUCCAUUUAGUAUUUUGGUGGAAUCAGAAUAAGUACCUGGAAAAAGUAGGGAACGGACAGACAAAAGUUUCUAAAAUUACAGUGUAAUUACACGUGGGUUCAAUUUGGUAAAGUUCUUUUAUUAGACAUUUAUUCAGAAAAAGGGAGCCCCUUCAGCUUUUCCCUUUUUCACUCGAGGUCACCACAGCAGAUCUGAGAUGGCUCUGCAUUCGGAAAACAGGAUAAAUAAUAUAAGGCACUGUUGGGACAAAUUUUCAACUAAACUACUAUCCCUGGUUAAAAUUUUUAAUAGAACCAAUGUGUACCGUUUGUCAUCUCUGGCAAAAAGGAGGCACACAGAGGUUCUUAAUAACACCAGUAAACAUAAGCAUGCUUUUGCUUAAAAAAAUUUUUUUGAUUCGACUUCACCUCUGAGCGACUUCUCGUUCCUUGUGCAUUACCUGUGUUAUGUCAAUAAAUGCAUUAACUCACAGUUACGCAAAACAGUUUAUGCUUAAAUAUUAGAUUUUUUUUUAGUUCUGUGUACAUUGAAAAUGAACUAUUUUUGUCAUAUGUAACGCAUCUUCAACAGUUUAAACUACCUCUGUUUGUGCAUCAAUGCUAUGCCCUCCUCAGAUGAUCAAUGCAGUAAUAAAGGAGAAUUUGACU